AUGCACAACGCGACGUCCUCGGAGCCGGAGCUCUCCAACGUGUCGUGCGCCGGCAUCGCUCUGGGCUGCCCCAACGCGUCGAGCCCGCCGCCGCCGCCGCCGCCGCUGCCGCUGGCCGUGGCCGUGCCAGUAGUCUACUCUGUGAUCUGCGCCGUGGGGCUGGCGGGCAACUCGGCCGUGCUGUACGUGCUGCUGCGGGCGCCCCGCAUGAAGAGUGUCACUAACAUGUUUGUCCUCAACCUGGCUAUCGCCGACGAGCUCUUCACGCUCGUGCUGCCCAUCAAUAUCGCUGACUUCUUGCUGCAGCAGUGGCCCUUCGGGGAGCUCAUGUGCAAGCUCAUCGUGGCCAUCGACCAGUACAACACCUUCUCCAGCCUCUACUUCCUCACGGUCAUGAGCGCCGACCGCUACCUGGUAGUGCUGGCCACCGCGGAGUCGCGCCGGGUGGCCGGCCGCACGUACGGCGCCGCGCGCGCGGUGAGCCUGGCGGUGUGGGGCCUCGUGACGCUGGUCGUGCUGCCUUUCGCGGUCUUCGCCGGGCUCGACGACGAGCAAGGCCGGCGCCAGUGCGUGCUGGUCUUCCCGCAGCCCGAGGCCUUCUGGUGGCGGGCAAGCCGCCUCUACUCGCUUGUGCUCGGCUUCGCCAUCCCCGUGUCCACCAUUUGUGUGCUCUACACCACCCUGCUGUGCCGGCUGCGUGCCAUACGCCUCGACAGUCAUGCCAAGGCCCUGGACCGCGCUAAGAAGCGGGUGACACUCUUGGUGGUGGCGAUCCUGGUCGUGUGCCUCCUCUGCUGGACGCCCUACCACCUGAGCACCGUGGUGGCGCUCACCACCGACCUCCCGCAGACGCCGGCUGUCAUCGCGGUCUCCUACUUUAUCACCAGCCUCAGCUACGCCAACAGCUGCCUCAACCCCUUCCUCUACGCCUUCCUGGACGACAGCUUCCGCAGGAGCCUCCGCCAGCUGCUGGCGUGCCGAGCCGCCGCCUGA